AUGGCUUCGAAGCGUCCAGGCUUUGUACGAACGAACACUGAGUUCGCUGAGGACGUGGAGCUGCAGCCGCGGCUUGGGGAACCCAGCAGCUCGAAGAAAACACAGGCGUACGACAUCCAGGAUCCUGAUGUUAAGCUUGGAACGACUGUAAAUGUCGAGCCGGAUAAGGAACAAGCUCCACCGCGCUACGAAGAGGAUAUCGAUGGUUUCGCGAGAGUCACAGAGCCGGUCGAGACGGCCAAAGACCUGGUGACCCAGGUUAUCCAUGUUGAGGAUGACCCGACCUUGAACGUGUGGACCUUUCGUGUGUUCUUUCUAGGCAUUGGUCUCUCCAUCUUCGGCUCCGUUCUGCAGGAGAUCUUCUACUUCAAGCCGCAAACAAUCUACGUCUCCGUGGUGUUUCUCUGCGUCAUCGCAUACGUGCUCGGCGAGGCUUUGGCUAUCGCUAUUCCGCGGGUCAGCAUUCUGCGGUAUUUAAAUCCUCACCCAUUCAACCAAAAGGAGCAUGCCGCAAUUACCAUCAUGGCAUCCGCGGCUGCCCAAGCCGCGACUGCGACGGAGGCGUUGGCAGCGCAGCAGCUGUUCUAUGGCGGUUAUCCCUCGCGAGCGGCAGGUGUCUUCGUCGUGCUCUCGAGUCAGCUGAUCGGGUACGGUAUUGCUGGACUGCUACGAGAUGUGCUGGUCUACCCAACGAGAAUGUUGUGGCCAAUCAAUCUUCCGGUGGCGACCUUGCUUGAAACACUGCACCGUGACAAGUCAGAGACGAAGCGAAGGCUGAAAGUCUUCUAUAUCAUCUUCGCAUGCAUAUUUGUGUGGGAAGCUUUUCCGGAGUACAUAUUCACGGUCCUUACUGGCGUCUCCAUUUUCUGCCUAGCUGACCAAAACAACCUUGUCUUCACCAAUCUCUUUGGUGGUGCAAGCGGUAACGAGGGUUUAGGCGUGUUGUCUCUCUGCUUUGACUGGAAUUAUGUUGCUGGACUGGGUUCACCACUCUGGCUGCCGCUGCAGACGCUUGUCAACAGCAUGAUUGGCAUUAUCGGCUGCUAUAUCUUCUUCAUGGCCAUUUAUUACAGCAAUACCUGGCGUUCACUCGACUUUCCCUUUCUCUCACAGGAACUCUUCGACGGCGCCAGCAACAGCACCUACUUUAUCGUCUGGAACCAGACCGCCGUCCUCAACGAGAACUUCGAGAUCGACCCAGUCAAGCUCGAGCAGAUGGGCAUUCCAUACCUCACCGGCACCUACAUAUCCUAUCUCCUGGUCUCUAAUAUGGGCCUCACAGCAGCUCUAACGCACAUGUUGUUGUGGAACUUUGACGACAUCAAGGCUGGCUGGGCGUGGGCGUCGCCAAGGAAUCUACGGAAGCUUUCCAGGCCAGAAUUCUGGCAGUUCUGGAAGACCACAGAGACUCCGGAGGAGAGGUUCGAACGAAAGCAGAAUGACCCAGAGCUGGACCCACAUUACAAGCUGAUGAUGCGGAACCUGUACAAGGAGUCGCCGUUGUGGUGGUGGGGCGCGGUGUUGGUGGCAUCGUGGGCUGUGGGUCUGGGAUGCCUGUACUCCAUGAAGUCGACUUUACCGUGGUGGGGAUUUUUGCUCGCCACUAUCCUGACAUCGCUGUUCAUGCUAUUCUUUGGAGCGCAGUUUGGGUUGACCGGGUUCCAGUUCAACGUUCAGCCAAUCUGUCAAAUGCUUGCCGGAUAUAUGUUUCCAGGACGACCUUUAGCCAACUUCUACUUUACCUGCUACACCUACAAUGCUCUCCAGAUGGGUCAACUACUGGCUAAGGAUCUGAAACUGGCGCAGUACGCCCAUUUACCUCCGCAAGCGACCUUCACAUUCCAGAUACUUGGCUGCUUGGUUGGAGCCCUGUUCAACUGGACCAUUAUGACCACAAUCGUCGCUGCCCAAGCUCCGAUUUUGACCUCCAUCCAAGGCACCAAUAUCUGGUCCGGUCAGAACAUUCAGCAAUUCAACACAUUGGCCAUAGCGUGGAGUAUCGCGGACAAGAUGUUCAGCGUCGGUGGUCGUUACCAAUGGGUUACCUUAUCCUUCUUGCUGGGCUUCGUCGUGCCGUUACCGUUCUACUUCCUCCACCGAUGGCUCGGAUGGAGGUUCUUUAGUUACAUCAACCUCUCGAUCAUCCUCUGGUACAUGGGCGACCUUUUCGUGGGAAUAAAUAGCUCGUUGACCAUGUACUACAUCAUCGGAUUCAUAGCGCAAUGGUGGCUGCGGAAGCACCGGCCUCAAUUGUUUGUCAAGUACAAUUACCUGGUCUCUGCGGCAUUGGACGGCGGCACGCAGGUGCUAGUGUUCAUCUUUACUUUCGCCGUCUUUGGCGGUAGCGGCAAGGCUGUGCCAUUCCCUACGUGGGCGGGCAAUCCGGACCAGGACGUGCGCAAUGCUGAUUACUGCGCAAUUAACCCUGCGAACUUCGGCUGA